AUUGGAAAGUAUCUCUGAAGGUCAUAAGCUUUUGCACCAGAUGAUCUCGGGGAGAGUCUCCUCCCAAAGAUUAGUGCCACAGCGGUAUGGAUACGAAACAUAGUAUUUUGAUUUUGGUAAAGCUCGAGCUGUGACGAUGUAUGUAAAGCCAUCAAGGUGGCAUCACCAAUGCAUUGUCUGUUAAGCAGCAGCGACUUGGGCAAUUGUGGGGUAAGCAGGAGUUUGGAGAUAUUAGAUAUUCACAGCGCCUGGUCUCAUUCGAGCCUUGUGUUUUCGGGAAAGGGGUUGAAAAAUCCUGUCAUAAAUAGUCGGUUAUCUAGAGUCGGUUUUCAGCAUUGUCUUCAGCCAUUGCUAUUAACCAUUGCCAUCAACCAUUGCCAUCAAAUAUUGCCAUCAACCAUUGCUAUUAACCAUUGCCAUCAACCAUUGCUAUCAGCCAUUGCCAUCAAAUAUCGCCAUUCUUUUGAUAACGUUAUUCAACAGUGUACUGUGAUCGAUCAAGAAAAACCCCACUUUUCUAAAGACACAGCUAGUGCCUAUCGAUGUAUCGACAAUGCCCCGAUUUCAUGCACUGCGCCAUUUCAGUUCACCGGACCCCAGUUUCACAUAUACAACGAAUAUCAUUUCAAAUGGAAGUAUUGUUCUAAAUCUAACCAAACAGUGUCCUACGGGGCAGUGCAAGCAAUCCCGCGUUUUAAUACCGCAACACGGAUUAGACGUUCUACCGGAUAUUGCACCAUGGCUGGGGCGGAGGCGGGAAGUUUUGGACAACACACCAUCCCUUUAGGAUGAUUUUCAACAAACAUCGGGUUAGAUGUCGACUACCAAUUGCUCCUGCUAAUAUAUAGUUACUUCUCAAAUGGCUAAUUUCCUGGCCAACCUUUUUUAUUUUGUCGUGCACAUAUGCGGCCUGCAGCCAUAGAAAGCAAGCUUUUAGCGUCUUGGCUAUGCGUCCGCUGACACCAAAGAUGAAAUUCGUCCACAGAACGCCAUCGUCACGAAAUGGGCUUUGCAUCACGCAUCUACAUCUCUAAGAUUAGAUAGACCGCCAUGACGUCAUGGCGUUAUGUACGUUAUUGUCGAC